UAUUAGACAUUUUUUGGAGCCGAUGGAGAUCAAAGUGGUGUGGUCUAUAGAUUGUAGAUAUAUUAUUGACAACCAAUUAAAUAUUAGAUGGACUAUUCGAAAAAUCAAACCUUCAAUCUUACAUGAAGCUCUCCGCGUUACAACAUGGACAACCGGUGUUUCUGUUGUGCAUCUAAGUUUACCCUUUUCCGGAAGGAGCUGGGCUGUAAAAACUGCGGGCGUUCCUUCUGCUCCAAUUGUCUCAACUUGAGCGCAGUGGUGCCUCGCUCUGGCAACACCAAGCAGAAGGUCUGCAAGCGGUGUCAUGGCAUUCUGUCUGGUUCAGAAACACCUAGUGAUGGUGGGAAAUGGUCCCCCCCAGAGAACUACAAGAAGCGAGUGGCUGCCUUGGAAGCCAAACAGCAAGGGUACGAUGUGACUCAUGCCCACGGCGGUGCUAGAAAAGUCGACAUUGACCGUGUGCCUACGAAGGGCCUCACUAAAGAAGACCAAGCUAUUGCUGCAAGGCUUCAGAAACUCAAGGAAGACACCAAACCACACAAAACAAAGUCCGUUCCUUCUGAGAAGGAAAUUGAGUCACGCCUUGCUGCCUUGAAAGCUCCCAGAAACCCGGUGCCUUCUGCCCAGGACAUGGAAGACCGCUUGGCGGCCCUACAGGGCAGGCCUCCCCCCACCCAAGCCCCUCCGCCCGUGCACCGGCCGCCUGAUAACAGAACCCAGACUGAACGGGCCAAUGAUCUUUUAACACAGAUGACAGAGGAAGUUGCUAUCGAUAACCAACAACAAGACACCAAUGAUGUGGACGACAGCCUCCUGAACAACCUGAACAAGGGGGAGGCGUGCGGGCUGGAGGUGAACCUGGACCAGGACCAGGGGGGAUCCAGCAGGCAGCUGGAGGCUGAGAAGAGCCGUGUGCUGGAGGAAGCCAUGAGGGAGCUGAGGCAGGAGCAGGGAUCCCAGGGGCACGUUCUAGAGAUGGCCAAGAGGCUGGCCCUGCUGAAAGGACUGGAUCCCGACAAGGUCACCAUGGAGGACUUCCAGCAUCCCGACAGCGAUGAGGAGACUGAGGAAGAGGCUGUUCAAAGGGUCUUAAAACAGCUUUCAGAAGAGGCUGCGCUGGAUGAAGCCAGCGGCUACAACAUACCCUUUGAGGACAGCGGUCCGAAGACCACCAACAACAAAGCCCCUUCUAAAUCCACGGGUCCAGCAGCCAGGGCGCCUGCUGCUGUUGUAAAAAAGCCUUUGGUCAGUGAUGAUGAGGGUGGUGGCAGCGACGAAGAGGAACUUCCCUGGUGCUGCAUAUGUAACGAAGACGCCUCCAUACGAUGCCAUACCUGUGAUGGAGACCUGUUCUGCGGCCGCUGCUUCCGGGAGGGACAUGACAAAUACGACAGGAAGGAGCAUCGCACAGCCAGUUACACUCCACCCAAGAGGAAAACAAAGAAGAAGGGGACAUAAGAGUGAGAGCCAGGCCCUAACCCUAACGGCUUCAUCAUCAUUAUUACUGUAAGGCUCAACCUUUAACCUGAACGACCAAAGGAAAAGCAAUGAGGUUCUUUUUUUACCCACCCCAGCAUCUUAAACACUAGAGGUUAUGGUUGUAAAGGUAAACUUAUAACUGUAGUCGGUUCUAUUUUUAGUCUGACAGGUUAUUAGCUCACAGUUAGUGCCAUUUUAUGUUCUCCCAGCUCUUCAGAGGCUGCAUGAUGUUUAUGUUGGGAAUUGACAAAUUAAUGACGACAAUAACUCAAAUUCAGGGCGUAUCGGUGUACUCUAUGUGAUUCAUGCAGGAUUUAUGAAAUAUAAAACAUGAGAUUAAACCCUGCUGCUUUAGUACUGGGCUGCUUAGGGCUAGAACAAUGAGUUCAUAAACCACAACCAAUUGAGGUUCCCAUGUCAUUCACCCCACCUCCCAGAGACAACAAAUGCAACAAAUACACACAUGUGUGCGUUGCUUGGCCAUUGCACUUUUUUGCUAAUUCAUUUUUUGCUGAGUCCUUUAAAUGCAAUUGGUUUAGAGUACUGAUACUGUACACCAUGCUGCUGCUGUCAUGUUGUGACUUUUGAGAAUAGCAGACAAAACACUAUUAAGAGAUUACCAGCUCUGUUUUGUAUUGGGCAUACAAGGCACACCUGUGCUGUCAUCUUCCUGUCCUGACGGAGCUCUUGCUUUCCCAGGCCUUGUGUGUAACGUCAUGCUAACCGACACAGACAGGGAAGGCUUGGCAUUUAAUUAUCUAUUUAUCUUUUAUUUUCUGUCUUUCAUGUGUAAUGUUGUAUAAUUGUUCUUCCAACCUGGUCAGAGGUUGCUGCUGUAUGGAUUUGAAGAAAGAAAAGGGAAAGACAAAUCUAGCAAAUCCCUAAAUUGCAUCCCUAAGCCAAAGCGUGGUAUGUGCUCCGGCCAGAGUGCAGAUUCAUCAAUGUGCAUCACUCUCUGGCUGACUGACGUGAGCCCAUAAUUAAGGCCCUCUCCAGGGGCUUGCUCCAUUAAGGUCCAUAUGGAGACGACCAGGUUGUUUGCCUGUCCAGGUCACAUUGUAACCGUCGACAGGAAAUGGAUCUUUGGUAAUGGAUGCAUACUUAUCGGCUGCCAUUUCUGCGUCAUGUUUGGACAAUACUUACUCGUAGCCCAUUUAUCCUAAUGCCCCCUGUGUUUUCCAUUAACCCCCCACUCCCCCCACCCAAAUUGUGAUUGACAGAAUUAGGCAAUGAUCUUCAGUACAUUGUGAUCUGGAAAGGCCAAGCCUUGUGAUCACUUAAUGUCUUGAGAGAGUCCUGAGGGCAGUUUUGGCAUCAUGGCAGUCUCCUCGGUCGCCCCAUUUCCUUUCAGCUGGUUCACCCCAUUGCUCUUUGAGACAUACCCGGGUUUAAGACUAUCUAGUAGAAGACCCCUUUCGGAGGUUUUGCACGCAAAUAACAUCUGGUAGGAGAUUUAUGUGCGUUUGUGCAUAAAUGCACAAGAGUAUUGUGCGAACAAAUAAAAUAACCAGUCUCUCUGCAUUGUCAGCAAGCGAUUUUUGUGUGGGGGCGGGUCUGUAUGUAUAAAAAGUAUGCACAGACCUGAAAAUCUUUUUUUUAUUUUGACAUUGAACUCUAUAAUCAGAACCCCCGCAAAAAAAGAAGUUCUAUACAUAAAUAGGCAACCGGGGAAAAAAAUGUACGGUCAUACACAGAAACCAGUCCGUCGGAUUGAACAGCUUAUGUUUAUACGCGUUUCUCAGCGUUGCAUUCUUGGUGUUUAUGAGGAAGUCCAAAUGUUAACGCUGUCUAUAAAUACGACAAUAAAAAAAAAAAAAUGGAUGAUCAAAAGUGA